GAUUUGAACAAAUGAAACAACAAUGUACAAAUGGAGGAAGUAUUAUUAUCACCUAAUAAUUAGAGAAGUGUAGGCAAUUACUUGAUGGUGUUAUUGUGCAGGCUAAUAUUAUUGACAGGUGGCAGUGGGAUCCAGAUAUUCAUGAAGGUUACACUGUCCGAGGUGCAUAUCAGAUUCUGACAACUCAGGUCUCUUCCACAACUGAAGCAACAAGAGACCUUGUAUGGCAUAAGCAGGCUCCUCUCAAGGUGUUUAUUGUAGCUUGACGUCUGCUGAAAGACAGGUUACCGACCAGAAUGAAUCUCCUUCGACGAGGCAUUCUUCAGGCCGAGGGGGUUAGGUGUGUGGCAGGGUGCAGCUUUGAGGAGUCAGCAUCCCAUAUGUUUCUUCAUUGCGAAGUGUCCGGGUCGUUAUGGCAAUACACCAGGACUUGGAUUGGCGUGUCUGGUGUAGAUCCUCUCAAUAUUAGUGAUCAUUUCCUUCAAUUUAUGCAUUAUAAAGGUCAUUCAAAGUCUCGACGCUCUUUUCUCCAAUUACUUUGGCUUCUGUGUGUUUGGUUGAUCUGGAGAGAACGUAAUAACAAGUGGCCGUUGAGGAAUUGAAAAACCUAUCACUAUAUUAUAGAGCAAGCAUAGGAGUGAAGUUCUGAAGUACAUAAGCUAAGACUGAAGUCUCACUCUUCCUUGUUUUAAGUAGCUACACUACACUUCAGUACACAAGUGUUACUAUUUUCAGUUAAACCUUGUGACUCAUGGAGCAAAUCAACAACACACCAAUGAACAUAUCAGCAGACAGCAGCUUGUUAUCUGAUUUGGAAAAGGUGGGUGAAUACAUAUUUGAUGAGGAAUGCUACUUGAACUUGCUUGAUGCUGAUGUGGUAGAAGAGUUUCUCUCACGUGACAUGGCUAGUGUCAUUGCCUUUGAGGAACAAAGAGAGACCCUGCAACAAUGCUUGACUACAGAAUGCAUUUCCACUACUCUGAGCGAAACAUUCAAUGGUGAAACAAGUUUUGAGUCUUUUGACUUUGAUUUUGAGAAUCCAACCAAGAAGCUGAAAUUUUUUGAUCGAAGUGACAACAUAACCAAAAACUUUUCACAGCAACUUUCUGCAUCUCCAUCCACCUUUCAGUCGUCUCAGAUUCCGUCUUUGCCCAAUUUGGGAAACACACAUUUUUCAGCCCUCCAAACCUCAAAAGAGUCUUCAAAAAAUCAAAACGUGGAAACUAAAACAUCACAAUCUAAGAGGUCUUCGGCUCAUGUAAAAGAUCACAUUAUGGUCGAGAGAAAACGAAGAGAGAAACUCGGUCAAGCCUUCAUUGCUCUUGCAACACUCAUUCCUGACCUAAAGAAGAAGGACAAGGCUUCAGUAUUAGCAGAUACAAUUAAACAUAUCAAAGAGCUUAAAGAGCGUUUGGCAAUUUUAGAAGAAGUAGGGAAGAACACAAAGGAAGAUCAAUCGAUGAUGGUUUGUAACAAACCAGACCAUUGUUGUGAAACUGAAAGUGUUGGUGAUGGCACUGCUAUCAAGGUAGCAGCAAAAGUGUCCGGGAAAAAGAUGUUGAUUCGGAUCCAUUGCCAAAAACAUGAUGGACUUCUUGUUAAAGUAAUCACAGAGAUACAAAGUUUUCAACUAUUAGUUGUCAAUAACCGUAUUUUAGCUUUUGGAGAUUCUUUCCACGACAUUACAGUCAUUGCUGAGAUUGGUGAAGGCUACAACUUGACCAUAAAAGAACUCGUUCGUAAUCUACGCAUGGCAGCAUUAAAGUUUAUGUCAUCGUAACAUGAACAAGGCAUGCAUGAGUGUUAUUGGGGUGUGUCUCUUGACAUAAUAUGAGUCCCACACACACAUUAGAGAGUGUAAAUUCACAUGAAUAUCUUUCAAUAAUCAAGUGUUUUGAAGAGAAUUAAUGUGUCUGAAGUGUAAGUGUUCGACGUAUAGCAUGAAGUUUAUUUUUUAAUUGUAGCUUAAUUGGAAGCUUAAA